UAUUUGAAGACUUCUCCAACGGGAAUUCGCUUAUGACACGCUUGCUCGCGUCAUUCGCUCUGUACUUUCUAUGACCGUACGUUCGUCCUUUAUUAGCAACACCAAUUUGAGACCCUCAAUAUUCUUUUUUUGGUUUUCUUCCCUCGCAAAUCUGGACUCUCAAGCUUCCGAUAUCCUUCCGUCCCUUUCCUCUGUUUCUUCUCUGCUACUAUCACUUGGAUUUCAGGUUUGCCACUUUCAAAGAAAUGGGCAUUUGUUUCUCUUGUUCAGUCUUCACUUGUGAAUCUCAGAUUCUUCCCCCGACUGCCAAGGUUGUACCUGUUAAUGGUAGUCUUCAGGAAUACAAUGUUCCUAUAUCUGUUUCUCAAGUCCUCGAGGCUGAAGUUGCAUCCUCGUCUUCAUCAUCGUUCUCAUCGCCUUCUUCUUUCUUCGUCUGCAAUUCUGACUUUUUAUCAUAUGAUGAUUACAUUCCGGCUUUGGAUUCCAACGCCCAGCUCUACGCUAAUCAAUUAUAUUUUGUUCUUCCAAGAUCUAAACUUCAAAACAGGUUAAGCGCUUCUGACAUGGCAGCUUUGGCCGUCAAAGCUAGCGUAGCCAUCCAAAAUGCCUCCAAGAAAGGCGGUCAUCGGCGUAAGAAGGGCAGGAUUUCUCCUGUUUCGUUAGGGAAUCUGUCCCCCUCUGAUGAUGCCGAUGUUAUUAAGUCGUUUGAGAAGCCACGGGCACAGCAGCAAUCUCCUGUCGGGUUAUCAAGAUCCGGGUCUGUUAAAAGAUUACAAAAGUAUACUUCCAGACGAGCGAAACUGGCUGUUCGGUCCUUUAAGCUCGGAUUAAGCACCAUUUACGAAGGGACAGUGCUCUGAAUUUCUUUUUCUUUUUUUUUUUUAAUUUCUGUUUUUUUCUAGGAGGACAUCAAAAGGGAGAAAAGAAGCCUGAUAAAUCAAUUUCCAUAUGUUGAUAACAGUUUUUAUAUAUAU